UUCGAGUUCAUGAAGCGCAAGCGCUGGGCCGACCUCCUCAUCUCGGAGCUCAGCGAGGCCAUCAUCCUUGUCCUCUCCGCGUCCUGCAAGGUCCUCUUCUGCGGGCACGCCGUCCAGGAGCUGCUCGGCUGGAAGGACGAGGAGCUCGUCGACGGCGACCUCAUCGAGCUCAUGAACGCGAACGACAGGGACAGCUUCCGCGGGAUGUUCGCCCAGGCGAUCGCCGCGCGCGGCGACCUCCUCACCUACGCGCGACUCAAGUGCAAGCCGGAGUACUACGGCGCGGCAGAGUACCACGCCCCGCAGAAGGAGGUCCUCUUCGAGAUCAUGGGAUACCCGCACGUCGGCCCCGACGACGAGUGCAGCUGCUUCUUCGCGAUGGCGAAGCCGUACCCCAGCAGGAACAUCGCGAUGCUGAACACCUUCCUGGAGCUCAAGGUCGAGAACGCGCGCCUGCGGGAGCGCCUGCAGGCCCUCCGCGCGCGCUCGCAGGAGCUGGGCGCGACGCAGGCUGCCGCCGCCGCCGCCUCGCGCGCGAGCAUCCCGUUCGAGUCCGGGAGCAUGUCGUCCCAGCUCGCGGUCCACCUGGGGCUCGACGCGGCGCAACCCUUCAGCAGCGAUUACCCGUACUACUCCGUCGCGUCGCACACGUACGGCGGCCCGUCGCAUGCCCCGGCGGGGAUGGGGAUGGGGAUGGGGGCUGGGCCGAGCGCGGGCACAGGAGCAGGGGCGGGCGCUAAUAGUGCAGGUGCGGGUGCGGGUGCGGGUGCGCCGGGGCCCGAGGACGACACGGACGAAUCGCGGCGCAAAAAGGCGAAGAGGGUGUACACCACGGACCAGCAUGUGUGCGUCACCUGCGGCCGCACGGACUCGCCGGAAUGGAGAAAGGGCCCACACGGCCCGAAAACGCUCUGCAACGCCUGCGGGCUCCGGUGGGCGAAGAAGGUGCGCAAGUUCGAGGAGGCGAACGAGGCGGGCGGCGGC